GAAAUAAUCUAAUUGGGAAUUUCAAAAUUUGUGUCGUUGGGAGUAGCUCUGGUAUUUAUUUACUGAGCACACACAUUUUCUUGGAAUCCAAACAGCGAUGGCGGAAGAAAACGUAGAUAAGAAAAGUGCAGUGAUUCUUCUGGAAGAGUCACCGGUGAGAGCGGUGGUUUGUGUGAGGAAGAAAGAGGACACCAAACGCUUCGAGGAAACCGAGGAUUGCUUCAUCUUAGGGUUUGAUCCUUAUGAGUCUAUUGAACUGUGCAAGCUCUCGUUGGAUGAAACAAACAACCACCGGAACGAUGAUGAUGCUGCUGAAAUCUCUGUUGUUGCUGAAAAGGGGCAGGUAGCUUGCAGGGAUUACCCUCAUUCAAGGCAUUUGUGUAUUAAAUUUCCCUUCACGACAACACCUCAUCAGAGCUACUGUGAAAUGUGUUACUGUUAUGUGUGUGAUUCGGCUGCUCCUUGCAAGUACUGGACGCAACUUGCAGUUCCACACUGUGAUGCAGAUAGCUCUGCUUCCUGGAAGGAAAGGAGGAAAAUGAAGAAAGAGUUUGAUAUAAUCAUAGGUCACUAGUGACAGCUGAAAAAUCUCUUAUUUGAUGUUACUAUGCUAUGUUUUGCCCUUGGAUGUUGUAUGAAAAUGGGACAGGGAAAUGAAUUUAGAAUCUAGCCUUUUUGGUAGUGAGCAGAAUUAUUGCAUAGACAAGUCCUAACAAGAAAAACAGCCUCAGACAUGCUAUAUAAUUUGGUGUCCUUGAGCAUAUUCAAGUUAUUGCAAAAUACUUAUCAUAUUUACCACAUGUGUUUAUAAAAUGAUAUGGAAAAUGAUGUAGCAGAUAAUGUGCUUUUCUAAUUAUUCAAGUUACCCUGCAAAAUUUUGGUGCA